CAGAAAUAAGUGCACCAUUAGUUGAGAGUCACUUUGUUUCCUUCUAGUUGAUCCAAAGGAGGAGGAAAUUAGUCCAUCCAUGACAGAACAUAGAGAGACACAUUUUGUUCAGGUUGGCUCAUGGAAGACAGGAUUGUGUCAACAUAUGCGCAGAGCUUUUUCCACUCCUCACUUUUCCAACUAUGUCUUUCCACUGUGUUCUACAAUUGAUGUAACAGAUGCCUCUACAGAGGCAGAAUAUAUGGACAAGGAAACCCCAAUUGAAGUGAGUGAAAAGAUAUAUGCUGGUGAAAAUUUAAGUGGUGUGUUGUCAGCACUGUCACCAAAGGAUCCACAGUGCAAGGACUCUACCACACUAAAGCCUGAUGUUCUGCCAGGCAAAAUGAUAGAAGAAUCAGAAAAUACUGAUACCACCAGACCAGAACCUGUUGGCGAUGGUACUGUUUAUGAUCAGCCACACACCAAUAAUUAUGAAGACAGUGAGGCCAAUGACAAGGUGGCUUCUGUUGAAAGUGAAAACUAUGAUCCAAAGGAGGAUGAAAUUACUCCAUCCACGACUGAACAUACUCAGACCCAUUAUGUCCAGGUUGGAUCAAGGAACAGGAGAUUGUGUCAAUAUAUUCGCAGAGUUAUUUCAUCUUUCAACUCCUGUGUCAAUCUCUUUAGACAGUGUACUUCAGUUGAUGUAGCAGACAGCUCUACAGAAGUGCAACACUUGGACAAGAAAACCCCAACUGAAAUAGAUGCUGAUGAAAAUUCAACCGGUGUGUCACCAGCACAGUCACCAAAGGAACCACAGCAUGAGGACUCUAGCAAUCUGAAGCCUGGUCACCACAAGGACUCACCACCACAUGUGGUUGGGGACUAUGGCUUCACCCCCCAAAAAUGACACAAUUUCAAAGCUGGUGGCUCCAUCUUCACCGGGAUUGAAUAUUAUCCUUGAUGGCCACCUCACAUAGAUGAAGUCCCUGGUGAAGAGUAAAGCCACCUAAACCAACC